UGUAUCAGGUGGAGUUAUUCACCAGCUAUAGAGUGAGUUGUUGUUUAUGUUUCUAAGACUGCAGGGUGGGAGAUGCAACAAUGGCCUUGAGAACAGCAGGAAGUGUGUUGGUGGUCUUUCUCUGGUCUGUGACAGUGGUACUGGGUCAGGAUGGCUGGAGUGUGACUUACACCACUCAGAGUAUCUGUGCCUUGAAGGGGUCAACAGUGGAGAUGUCCUGCUCUUACACAUAUCCCAGAGGUUAUACAGUCACAACAACCUUCUGGUUCACUGAAUGGGAGACUGGUGUAGAACCUAAAGAUCUAGGUCAGGACCCAGAGUAUGCAGGUCGUCUGGAGUAUCAUGGGGAUAAGAAGAAAGACUGUACCCUGAGAAUCACAGACCUGAGAGAGAGAGACUCAGCUACGUACAAGUUCAGCUUUAUAACAGAUCAGACUGAAGGGAGAUAUUAUGGUGAUCCUGGAGUCACUCUGUCUGUAACAGCUCUGCAGGUGAAGGUGACUCCUUCACAUUGGUCACAGUGGAAGAUACUGACCUGUAGCACCACCACCUGUAUUCUGACUGGUAACCCCUACACCUGGUACAAGAACGGACAGGUAGUAACUGAGAAGACUUCCACCUAUUCAGUCCCCCCUAAUGAUAAGGACAGCUACUCCUGUGCUGUAAAAGGCCAUGAGGAUCUCCACUCUCCUGCAGUGUGUGUUGAUGGUCAGAGAUGCAGCAGAGUGACUUACACCAAGAGGACAAUCUGUGUCUUGAAGGGGUCAACAGUGGACAUAUCCUGUACUUAUGUUGGUUAUUAUUCCACCACAUCGUCAUUCUGGUUUAGGAGUAACAAGUCGACCCCUGAAGACCUAACCAGAGACCCAGGGUAUGCAGGUCGUGUGGAGUACACUGGAACAUACAGAGGUCCCAACACCCUGAGAAUCACAGAUCUGAGAGAGGAGGACUCAGCUGAGUAUCGCUUCACUUUUAAAACAUACUACUUUGAAUGGGGUCAUAGUUUCCCAGGAACAAGUCUGUCUGUCACAGGUCUGCAGGUGAAGGUGACUCCUGCUGCAGAGGGACAGAAGACACUGACCUGUAGCACCACCUGUACUCUGACUGACAACCCCAACCCCACCUACAUCUGGUAUAAGAAUGGACAGGUUGUAACUGAGAAGACGUCCCUCUAUUUAGUCCUCCCUAAUGCUGUAGACAGCUACUACUGUGCUGUAAAAGGCCAUGAGGACCUCAGCUCUCCUGCAGUGUAUAAACCAAAGACCACAGUGUCAGUCAGUCCCUCUGAUGAAAUAGUGGAGGGCAGUUCAGUGACUCUGACCUGCAGCAGUGAUGCCAACCCACCUGUGCAGAGUUACAACUGGUGGUACAAGAAGAAUGGAGCUGAAUAUCAGAGUAAGACAGGACCACAGCAUGUCUUCAAUCAAAUCCAGUCACCUGACACUGGAGAGUACUACUGUGAGGCCCAGAAUGAGAUGGGGACAGACAGGUCUAGGACCAUAAACAUGGAUAUGAAGUAUGACCCAAAGAACACCUCAGUGUCAGUCAGUCCCUCUGGUGAAAUAGUGGAGGGCAGUUCAGUGACUCUGACCUGCAGCAGUGAUGCCAACCCACCUGUGGACAAAUACACCUGGUACAAGAAGAAUGUAACCUCAGCAAAAGCAUCAGGACAGAGUUACAGCAUCACUAACAUCAGUUCUGAGGACAAAGGAGAAUACUACUGUGAGGCCCAGAAUGGAAGAGGAUCUAUGAACUCUACAGCUCUGAUGAUCAUUGUAGCAGGGAAACAGACAUCAGUUCUGACUGCAGCUGUAGGAAUCAUAGUGGUUGUUCUGGUUCUCAUCCUCUGUCUCUCUGGACUCAUGUGGUUCAGGAGAUGCACAGGAGGAAGUGAUGCCACAGCAGACACACAGAGUGUCCAUCCUGACUGUAACAGUGACACGUACACAGGUCUGAACAUGAGGACCACGUCCCCUGACUACGACACUCUGGCAAGUGUCCAUCCUGACCCUACCAGUGACCCCAACAGUGACAUGUACACACCUCUGAACAUGAAGACCAGGUCACCAGAGUAUGACACCCUGGCAAAUGUGAGGGGAAUCUCCCACUGAAGAGAACCACCACAGAACCUGGACUGAAGAGAAGCACCACAGAACCUGGACUGAAGAGAAGCACCACAGAACCUGGACUGAAGAGAAGCACCACAGAUCCUGGACUGAAGAGAAGCACCACAGAUCCUGGACUGAAGAGAACCACCACAGAUCCUGGACUGAAGAGAACCACCACAGAACCUGGACUGAAGAGAAUCACCACAGAUCCUGGACUGAAGAGAAGCACCACAGAACCUGGACUGAAGAGAACCAUCACAGAUCCUGUACUGAAGAGAACCACCACAGAUCCUGGACUGAAGAGAAUCACCACAGAUCCUGGACUGAAGAGAAGCACCACAGAUCCUGGACUGAAGAGAAGCACCACAGAUCCUGGACUGAAGAGAACCAUCACAGAUCCUGGACUGAAGAGAACCACCACAGAUCCUGGACUGAAGAGAAUCAGGAGGACAAAAUCUAGAAGUUUUUCCAGACCAUGAACUUUUCAGUAAAUGCUGGAAUAUAUAUUUUAUUUUCUUAUAAUGAUAAUUAUGUAUAUUGAUGAUAAGUGAGAUGGGUUAUAUUUUUAAAAUUACAUAUUUUUAUGAUGUAAAUAGCCACAUUUUCUUGUGUACCAAUGUGUUUACUAUCUUUAGUUUUAUUUCAGAUCUUUUUCUAUGGGAUUUUACCACAUACAGAUGUUUUAUAACAUCAAUAGUCCUACUUUCCUCAGCAACUAACAUUAAUAAUACUGAUAACAGCUUUUUAAUAUUUUUAGCUCUUGGGUCAAGUUUCUCCUGAUGUGUUUAAUGAUGAUUUACUUUGUAUUGCUGUCAGGUAUUAUUACUCAUUUUAUAUUACGUAAUACCAUAUUGUUCAGUGUCAUGAUAUAUUUUUUAUAUAAAAAUAAAUGUAAUCAGUCCAUUACAUACAUUUAAACAUUUGCAGUUUUUACUUGUAAUUUCCAACAUUUUGGUAGGCUAUUUGUUAGUCAACUUGUCUAUAAUUUCUAAAUACAUGCAGUGGUGACACGUCAUUCAAGGCAGCUGGGGAAGAGCUCAAUCUGUUUUCAGCCCCAUGGUUAGCUUUUUAUGUUCCUUUUUUAGCCUAUUUUGACAUUAAUACGUGUCACAUAUCAGUUUGCAAACAAAGUUUUAAAAAAAGCAUUGAGUUAAUAAAGUCGCAUACAAACAUG